AUGGCAGCAGCGGCGGUGCCCGCGGUGCUGCAGCCGCGGUGGAAGCGUGUAGUGGGCUGGACCGGCCCGGUACCCCGGCCCCGCCACGGACACCGGGCCGUGGCUAUCAAGGAGCUAAUGGUGGUGUUCGGCGGGGGGAACGAAGGGAUAGUGGAUGAGCUACACGUCUACAACACAGCGACCAACCAGUGGUUCAUCCCGGCGGUGCGAGGCGACAUCCCGCCCGGCUGUGCCGCCUACGGUUUUGUAUGUGACGGGACACGGCUGCUGGUGUUCGGAGGGAUGGUGGAGUACGGCAAAUACAGCAACGACCUGUACGAGCUGCAGGCGAGUCGCUGGGAGUGGAAGCGUCUGAAGGCAAAGCCUCCGAAGAACUCCCCGCUGCCCUGCCCUCGCCUCGGACACAGCUUCUCUCUGAUUGGCAGCCGCUGCUACCUGUUCGGCGGACUGGCCAACGACAGCGAAGAUCCCAAAAACAACAUCCCCAGGUAUCUGAAUGACCUGUUCUGUCUGGAGCUGCGGCCGGGCUCCAGCGUGGUCGGCUGGGAGCUGCCGGUGACGUCGGGUCCGCCGCCGCCGCCCAGAGAGAGUCACACGGCCGUGGUGACAAGCGGCCGCGGAGCCAACAGGCUCAUCAUCUACGGAGGGAUGAGCGGCUGCAGACUGGGAGACCUUUGGGUGCUCGAUAUCGACUCCCUGACGUGGAGCAAGCCGGACCUCGGUGGAGCGGCCCCGAUGCCCCGCAGCCUGCACUCCGCCACCACCAUCAACAACAAGAUGUACGUGUUCGGAGGUUGGGUUCCUCUGGUGAUGGAUGACGUCAAAGUGGCGACACAUGAGAAGGAGUGGAAGUGUACCAACACACUGGCCUGCCUCAACCUGGACAACAUGUGCUGGGAGACGGUCCUGAUGGACAGCCUGGAGGAAAAUGUCCCCCGAGCUCGAGCUGGUCACUGCAGCGUGGCCAUCAACUCCCGACUCUACAUCUGGAGCGGAAGAGACGGAUACAGGAAGGCCUGGAACAACCAGGUGUGCUGCAAGGACCUCUGGUACCUGGAGUCAGAGCGUCCCACUCCUCCGUCUCGGGUCCAGCUGGUCCGGGCCAACACCUCGUCUCUGGAGGUGAGCUGGGGGCCGUCGACCACCGCCGACACCUACCUGCUGCAGCUACAGAAGUACGACAUUCCCGCCACACCUGCUGCCACCUCACCUGCCUCCAGCCCCGCCUCCAACCCCGUCCCCAUCGCCACACCUGGAACCAGCUCCCCUAAAAGCUCCAUCCCCGUCGUCGCAGCAGCUCCAGCCAGCCAGGGCAUCCCGCUGUCCGGCAUCACGUUAGUCCCCUCCCCAACAGCCGCCAUAACUGGAAACCCGUUGGCCGCUGCCGCCAAAAGUCCAGCUGUCCUGAAGGUGGCAGCUCCAAGUGCCGCAGGUGGAGCCUCUAUCGUCACAGUCCGACAGGCCGUGCCCAAAUCCCCGGUCGCCGUGACGACACUUCCUGCAGGUGUUCGCAUGGUGAUGCCUGCUCAGACCAGUCAGGGGACGCCAAUAGGAAGCAGUCCUCAGAUGAGCGGGAUGGCGGCUCUGGCAGCGGCGGCCGCAGCCACUCAGAAGAUUCCUCCGUCCACAGCGACGGUGCUGAACGUUCCGGCAGGAGCCACGACGGUUAAAACGAUGGCCGUCAGUCCGGGAUCCAGCAGCCUGCCGGUCAAAGUGGCAUCUCCGAUCACGAUGGUCAGUAACCCUGCCACUCGAAUACUGAAAACCGCCGCCGCUCAGGUGGGCGGGGCCUCUGUCGUCUCCACCACGGGGACGCCCAGCCGACCAAUCAUCACGGUUCACAAGUCGGGCACGGUUACGGUCUCCCAGCAGGCUCAGGUCGUCACCACGGUGGUGGGCGGAGUCACAAAGACUAUCACGCUCGUCAACAGCCCGUUGAGCAUGGGCGGAGGCGGCACCCUGCUCAGUAACCUCGGCAACCUGGGGAAGGUGAUGUCAGUCGUCCAGACCAAACCAGGUCAGAGUGGAGUACUUACUGGUCAGGCUGGGAGCAACCCGCUCGCCCAGCUCCUACAGGCGAAAGGUGGUCUCCCGCCAGGCACCAUCUUGAAGUUGGUGUCAUCAGCGGACGGUAAACAGACCACCAUCCUCAGCACUGCGCAGGCCGGCUCCACGGGAAACAAACCAACCAUACUUGGCGUUUCCCCGACAACCUCGAAACCCGGAAACACCAUCAUCAAGACCAUCCCACUGUCUGCGCUGCAGGGUGGGGCAGGUGGUAACAGUCCAAUCACAAUCCUGACCACCAAAAUGAUGACGCCAGGAACAGCCGGAAAAAUCCUCACAACUGUCCCCAAAAUCACUGCAGCUGGUCAGCAGGGACUCACACAGGUGGUGUUGAAAGGAGCUCCAGGAACGCCGGGAACGAUCCUCAGGACCGUCCCGAUGAGCGGAGUCAGACUCGUGUCACCGGGAGCAACCGGGUCCAAACCCAACGUUACCACGCUGGUCGUCAAGGCAAAUACAGGUGUCUCCAGUCUGGGGACAGUAACAGGAAGUGUCUCCUCUCCAGUAGCAACCGCUGCCAACGCCUCCCUGGCAACGCCCAUCACCACCCUGGCAACCAUUGCUACACUGGCCAACCAGGUCACCGCGGCAACCUCUGUAACAGCAGGACCCAAACAGGUGACUCUGAUCACGACUCCAAGCGGCGCUGAGGCUCAGCCGCUGGUCCAGGAUCUGCCGGUCUCCUUCAUGGCCUCCCCUACCUCAGAAGAACCGGGAAGUACUACGAGUACUACAACAACUACUUCAGCGGGACAGACAGGAGACCCGGCUACAGUGACGCUGGUCUGCUCCAACCCGCCCUGCGAGACGCAUGAGACCGGCACCACCAACACCUCCACCGUUGCCACAGCAACCAUGGGGGGUAACAACAGAGUGUGCUCCAACCCGCCCUGCGAGACGCACGAGACCGGCACCACCAACACCUCCACCGUUGCCACGGCAGCCAUGGGGGGUAACACCAGAGUGUGUUCCAACCCGCCCUGCGAGACGCACGAGACCGGCACCACCAACACCUCCACGGUGGCGUCUUCUAGCAUGGGCGGAGCGCCGCAGUCUUCAUCUCAGCAGUCUGGUCCCGUUCCUUCAGCUUCUGUCGCUCUGAGCGGAGAAACCACCUGCUCUAACCCGCCCUGCGAGACUCACGAGACCGGCACCACCAACACCUCCACGGUGGCGUCUUCCAGCAUGGGCAGAGCGCCGCAGUCUUCAUCUCAGCAGUCUGGUCCCGUUCCUUCAGCUUCUGUCGCUCUGAGCGGAGGAACCACCUCCUCUAAUCCGCCCUGCGAGACGCGCGAGACCGGCACCACCAACACAUCCACCGUUGCCACGGCAGCCAUGGGGGGUAACAUCAGAGUGUCUUCCAACCGGCCCUCCGAGACUCACAAGACCGGCACCACCAAUACCUCCACGGUGGCGUCUUCCAGCAUGGGCGGAGCGCCGCAGUCUGGUCCCAUUUCUUCAGCUUCUGUCGCUGUGAGCGGAGAAACCACCUCCUCUAAUCCGCCCGGCGAGACUCACGAGACCGGCACCACCAACACCUCCACCUCCACCUCCACCGUUGCCACGGCAGCCAUGGGGGGUAACACCAGAGUGUCUUCUAACCGGCCCUGCGAGACGCACGAGACCGGCACCACCAACACCUCCACGGUGGCGUCUUCCAGCAUGGGCGGAGCUCCGCAGUCUUCAUCUCAGCAGUCUGGUCCCGUUCCUUCAGCUUCUGUCGCUGUGAGCGGAGAAACCACCUGCUCUAACCCGCCAUGUGAGACCCACGAGACCGGAACCACCAACACGGCGACGACAGCAGGAGCCGGAGGACUCAGACAGGUGUGUUCAAAUCCGCCAUGUGAGACCCACGAGACCGGAACCACUAACACGGCGACGACAUCAGGAGCCGGAGGAGUCAGACAGGUGUGUUCGAACCCGCCAUGUGAGACCCACGAGACCGGGACCACCAACACGGCGACCACAUCAGGAGCCGGAGGAAUCAGACAGGUGUGUUCGAAUCCGCCGUGUGAGACCCACGAGACCGGGACCACCAACACGGCGACCACAGCGACAGGUACCCAGCAGGAGUCCACAGACCCCUCAUCCUCCUCUGACUCCGCCCCCUCCACCACCACAACCAGCCAGGGCAGAGCUGUUACCACGGUUACACAGUCCACACCCACACCUGGACCUUCUAUACCUGAGAUCUCCUCAUUGGUCGGAGAGGACAGGGCAGAGUCCUCUGAGGCGGAGGCUGUUGCCGUGGUGAUGGCAGGAGACGGGGAGGAGCCUAUGCAGACUGAUAUGUCAGCAGCAGCGUCGGUGCUACAGGUUCACGUGGAGGGCAGCGAGGCAGCUCAGAUGGCGUCCACAGACAGCGGCCUUCCUCAGGAGCUGAUGUCAUCAGAAGGGGACAGCGGUGAGGCGGACUCCGGGACGACGACUCUGCUGGUGACGGCGGAUCAGCUGGCUGCUAGCGCAGCGGCAGAGGAGGCGGCGGCUCAGCAGGCCACGAUACAGGCGGUGCUGCAGGCGGCCGGACAGAUGGGAGACGGAGCAGCGAGUCAGUCCAUCCCCAUCGUGCUGACUCAGCAGGAACUGGCAGCUCUGGUCCAACAGCACCAGCAGCUCCAGGAAGUCCAGAACCAACCGGAGCAGAGCGCCAUGCCCACAGAGGGCCUGGCUCCCGCCGACAGCCUCAACGACCCGGCAGCCGAGAGCAACGGACACGAGCUGACAUCAUCGGCUGUGACGAGCGCCGUGGCCCGAUUGGCCAGCACGUUUGGCCCCGCCCCUCCUCUGACAGCCAGCCCGGCUAAGACUCAGCAGACGGCCGCCGCCACCUCCGCGCUCGGCGAGGUGUCCAACGGCAUCGGAGCGACGGCUGGGGGCGUCCCGGUGAUGAGGUCAUCAGCGAAGGACAGUCAGUGGUACGACGUCGGGAUCGUCAAGGUUACCAACAUGGUGGUCUCUCAUUACUACGUCCCCUACGAUGACAUUGUGAUGGAUGAUGACUCGGGCGUGAUGCCGGACUACAGUCAGAUGAGGAAGGUGGAGCUGCAGCCGGGGACAGCCUACAAGUUCCGGGUCGCUGGGAUCAAUAUCUGCGGGCGCGGAACGUUCUCAGAGGUCUCGGCCUUUAAAACGUGUCUGCCCGGUUUCCCCGGAGCACCGUGCGCCAUCAAGAUCAGCAAGAACCUGGACGGAGCUCAGCUGACCUGGGAGCCUCCCGCCGUCACAUCGGGGAAGAUCACCGAGUACUCCGUCUACCUGGCCAUCCAGUCCAGCCAGGCCAGCGCCUCCGGGUCCAGUUCCGGUCCGGCCCAGCUGGCCUUCAUGAGAGUCUACUGCGGUCCGAGCCCGUCCUGCCUCGUCCAGGCCUCCAGCCUCGCCAACGCCCACAUCGACUACACCACCAAACCCGCCAUCAUCUUCCGCAUCGCCGCUCGCAACCAGAAGGGAUACGGACCGGCCACACAGGUCCGGUGGCUCCAAGAAACCAGUAAAGAUGCCAAACCAGCAGUGAAGAGACCGGGAGCAUCUCCAGAUUAG